AUGCCUAACUAUGCCAAGUUCUUGAAGGAAGUGAUGUCAAAGAAGAGAAAGAUGGAGGCGUUUGAAAUGGUUAAGCUAACAGAAGAGUGUAGUGUCAUUCUCCAGAAAAAGCUCCCUCAGAAAUUAAAAGAUACAGGUAACUUCAACAUUCCUUGCAAUAUUGGUGAUAUCACAUUUGAUAGAGCACUGUGUAACCUUGGAGCUAGCAUUAACUUGAUACCCCUAUCUGUGUUCAAAAAAUUGGGUCUUGGAGAAGUGAAGCCCACAAGCCUCACCUUGCAAAUGGUCGAUAAGUUCAUCUUUGCUGUGAGCUUUCCGGUGUUGGACAUUGAGGAGGGUGAGAAAGUACCAUUGAUUCCUGGUAGACCUUUCAUGGCUACUGGAAGAGCGUUGAUUAAUGUACAAGAAGGAAAGUUGACACUACGGGUUAAUGAAGAGUAA